AUGGAGCAUGCAGAUUUAGUUGCCGAGAUGGUACACGUCGAAAGACUUACAACGCAAGAGCGAUUGCAUCUUGCUCGACAUCGCAGGCUUCAACAGCUAAAAGUUUGGCGCCAAAGAGAAAAAGAAUGGUUGCGUCAUCAGACAAAACAUGCAAGCAAUAAAAGAAACAUAUUUUUUGAUGAUAGUGUUAUGCUAUUAGAAGCUGCAGCGAGGAACGAUAUUGAUGAAGUGCGAAGGUUAUUGAAAAAAGGCGUUAAUCCAGAUUCUACGAACGAGGAUGGUUUAACUGCUCUUCAUCAAUGCUGUAUUGACGACAAUGAAGAAAUGAUGAAAUUGCUGGUUGAGUUUGGUGCAAAUGUCAAUGCUGAGGACAGUGAAAAAUGGACUCCUUUACAUGCUGCGGCUACUUGUGGUCAUUUACACCUUGUACGCUACUUAAUUGCAUCUGGUGCUAACUUAUUAGCUGUUAACGCUGAUGGAAAUAUGCCUUAUGACAUUUGUGAAGAUGAGAGAACUUUAGAUUGUAUAGAAGGUGAAAUGGCUAGUCGAGGUGUAACACAAGAGUUGAUUGAUGAAACACGUGCAUCAACAGAGGUUCAAAUGUUACAGGAUUUACAAAAAGCGGUGGCGCUAGGUCAAGAUUUAGAAUAUAAAGAUCAUCAAGGAGCUACUCCUCUCCAUAUAGCAGCAGCUAAUGGUUACCUUCGUGUUGUCGAAUAUCUUUUAGAUCAACAUGUUUCAACAGACGUGGAGGACAAUGACAAAUGGCAACCGGUGCACGCUGCUGCUUGUUGGGGUCAUUUGGAAGUUCUUGAAUUGUUAGUUCAAAACGGUGCAGAUUUGAACGCUAAGAACAAACAUGAUGAAACACCAGCAGAUAUUUGUGAAGAUCCGGAAAUCCGAGAACGCAUAGUAGAGUUGAAAACAGAGCAAGAAAGUAAAAAACUUCGUGAGGCACAAAGUCGGCGUGUACGUAGAUCACAAAGCAUUAAUACAAGAACGCAAAGCGUGAGACGAACAUCUAUAAGGGAUAAAGUUCUCACGACUAAAAAAGACGCACAAGAAGAAGCUAGAUUGAGAUUACAAGCUCAACAAACUUAUACUUCAACCAAGACACCGGAACCAACAAUUAUAGCAAAUAAUACAAAUGUUGAAAAUAAGACGGAAGAAUCCGAUUUAUCUCCAGCUGUACGUCGAGGUCCUGAAGGCAAAGAUAAUGAUUCAUUUCUUCAUGAAGAUGCUGACAAAGAUUCAGUUACAGAGCCUGAUUCCCCGGUCAACCGACAACAACAACAACCAACGUAUGAGAGUGAUACUAACGGCAAAAUCAACAUUCAUGUGUCUGUAGUUUUUGUGAAAUCUUUGUCAGAUUUGAAAAAACAGCGAGCUCAGAGUCGGCACACAAAUCCAACAAUUGUAGAUGCUAAUGGAAAUGGUGUUCCAGUUUCUUCACCACCUGACAAUGAUUUAACUGCCAAUAAUUUUCAACGUUUCUCUGGGAAUACUAGUGAGAUUAUUGGAGAUAGUCAUACGGAACAACGUUGUUGUAUUAUAAUGUGA